CCAGCUCGAAAUGACGGGGGCGGUGGCUUCUCCACAGAAAGCUUCGUGCACCAGGAAGAAAAACGAGAGGAAAUGUGCAAUCAAAGAGGAGUACAGGCAGCUUUCUAGCAUGCUGGGAGUUAUGAACAACCUGAGAAAGCAGGGUACCCUCUGUGAUGUGAUCCUGGUCGUUCAGGGAAAACAUUUCCAUGCUCAUAGAGUUGUGCUUGCUGCUGCCAGCCACUACUUCAACCUCAUGUUCACCACCUUCAACUAUUGGCUCCAUGGCCCUGACGGAAGCCAGCAUGCUCGAGUCCCUGUCCAAAGAGGUGGAGCUGCGCAGCGCAGAGCCGGAGAUCAUUGAGAUGCUGGUGGAGUUUGUCUACACAGCCCGGAUCUCUGUAAACAGCAGUAACGUCCAGUCCCUGCUGGAUGCAGCCAACCAGUACCAGAUUGAGCCGGUGAAGAAGAUGUGUAUGGAGUUCCUCAAAGGACAGGUCGACGCCACAAACUGCUUAGGUAUCUCUGCCCUAGCGGAGUGCAUGGACUGCCCCGACCUGAAGGGGGCGGCGGAGGACUUUGUGCAGAUCCACUUCACGGAGGUCUACAAGCUGGACGAGUUCCUGCAGCUGGACGUGGCGCAGCUCACCCACCUGCUGCACCAGGACCAGCUCACCGUGCGCGCCGAGGCGCAGAUCUACGACGCGGCGAUGCGCUGGCUGAAGUACGACGCGUGCAACAGGCAGCGUCACAUGGUGGAGGUGCUGGGCUGCGUGCGCUUCCCACUCGUCUCCAAGACCUUCCUGUCCAAGACGGUGCAGGCGGAGCCGCUCAUCCAGGACAACCCUCAGUGCCUGAAGAUGGUCAUCGGCGGGAUGCGUUACCACCUGCUGUCCCUGGAGGACCGGGAGGACCUGGGAGAGAGCAGCCGGUCGCGGCGCAAGAAACACGACUACCGCAUCGCCCUGUUCGGGGGCUCGCAGCCGCAGUCCUGCCGCUACUUCAACCCCAAGGACUCGAGCUGGACAGACAUACGGUGCCCGUUUGAGAAGCGCCGCGACGCCACGGUGGUGUUCUGGGACAACGUGGUCUACAUCCUGGGCGGCUCGCAGCUCUUCCCCAUCAAGAGGAUGGACUGCUACAACGUGCUGAAGGACAGCUGGUACUCCAAGCUGGGGCCGCCCACGUCACGGGACAGCCUGGCCGCCUGCGCCUCCCAGGGCAAGAUCUACACCUCUGGAGGCUCCGAAGUGGGCAGCUCGGCGCUGGACCUGUUUGAGUGCUACGACACGCGCACCGAGACGUGGAAGGUGAAGGCCAGCAUGCUGAUGGCGCGCUGCAGCCACGGCUCGGCCGAGGCCAGCGGCCUCAUCUACGUCUGCGGCGGCACCAUGGGCAACAACGUCUCGGGCCGUGUGCUCAACAACUGCGAGGUGUACGACCCCAGCACGCAGCAAUGGAGGGAGCUGUGUGGGAUGAGAGAGUCCAGGAAGAACCACGGCCUGGUGGUGGUCAACCACCGCCUCUAUGCCAUCGGAGGCCAGGGAGCCGUGGGCGGGCUGGACUCGGUGGAGUACUACGACAUCGCCAGCAACGAGUGGCGCGCCGCCGCGCCCAUGCCCUGGCGGGGUCUGACGGUCAAGUGCGCGGCGGUGGGCGACAUCAUCUACGUCCUGGCGGGCUUCCAAGGGGUGGGGCGGCUCGGGCACGUCCUGGAGUACCACACCGAGACCGACAGGUGGGAGACGUACACCACGGUGCGGGCGUUCCCCGUCACCAGCUGCCUCAUCUGCGUGGUGGACACGUGCGGAGUGAACGAAGAAGAGGACAUGGACCUCGUAGACUCCCAGACCCACGCUGGUGCCAAGGCCCCCGCUCCCCCGGCAGCAUCGUCCUCAUUCUCAUCUGAGGAGAGGACGCCCAACCCCGGGGCCACUCGUGCACUACGUUAGC